AUAUACAAAACUUGUUAUGAAUGGACGAACACGGGUUUGUGAGCUAGAUCAUGAUUGUGUAAAUCAUUACGUUGCAGCACAAAGUCAUAAAUCGGCCAUUGUCAGGAAUGCACAGCACUGAAAAUGUUGCUGUGGAAUCAAUCAACGACCACACAAUCAAUGUACAGCCGAUUCGAACUCACCAUUCCGGCAGCGUGUCAGCAACAACAAUGGGACACACGACAGUCACCUAAUACACCCGCCACUACGAUCCAAUCGUCGGUCUCAGCCACUGCAAACCUGGUUGCCGCGACCGGCUUAGCCAAGGACUGUGCCGGGUGCGGGAAGCGUAUAACCGAGCGCUUUCUAUUGAAAGCACUAGAUAUCUUCUGGCACGAAGAUUGCCUCAAGUGUGGUUGCUGUGAUUGCCGCCUGGGAGAGGUCGGCUCAACAUUGUAUACUAAAGCGAAUCUUAUCCUAUGUAAGCGAGACUACCUUAGACUAUUCGGCACGACUGGAUACUGUGCCGCUUGCAACAAGGUGAUACCGGCAUUCGAAAUGGUAAUGCGUGCCAAAAACAAUGUCUAUCAUCUAGAAUGCUUCGCAUGCCAACAGUGCAAUCAUAGAUUCUGUGUUGGCGAUCGUUUCUAUUUAUGUGAUAAUAAAAUUCUAUGCGAAUAUGACUACGAAGAGCGAUUGGUGUUUGCUAGUAUGGCCUGUAAUCCGUCUAGCUUGGCGCAUAUUCGGAGGCAAGUUAGUAAUUUACAGCCCACUGGAGAAAACCAUCUCGCGAGUGCCGGACGUUUGCCACCAACCAGUAUUAAUCGAUCUCCAUACGUAGCAGAAAAGGCCGGAUUGGUCCAACAACAACAACAGCAGCACCAACAAUCACCAUCUCAACAACAACAACCCUCUGCAACAGUUGCGGUAGCGACUACAUCAUCGGCAACGUCGAUAGCACCAACAACGUGCGAAUCACAUCCAUCCUGCUUACCAGCUACUUCGUCCUCAAUGCAUCAAAUCCAGCCCGGAAGUAGCAAUCUUCAGCAGCAACAUUCCACACAACAGCCGCAACACCCACAGCAGCAGCAGCAGCAACAACAACAACAGCAUCAUCAUCACCAUCCAAGCAACCCGGGUCCACAUCGAGACGAUGGUUCCAGCGGCUAUGGAAGUCCCGAUUCAGAAACGUUCGAAAUGUCCAACAAUCAAUGACGUUUGAUUUCGGGCAUUACCAAAAUGUGCUGAUGAUGCACAAUAGAAUGUUUUUUGUUUGCGACAGUAACGCGGUAACGGAAAAGUUAAGUUUGGUGCAUUUUUACGUUGCAAACUUUUACGUAAUUAUUGGAAGGCGACUCUAUGUACUCAACGUACUGAAAGUUCUAGUCAAAUUAGAUGAGCCAACAGUUUUCAUAGCAGGGAAUACAGCAACUAAAUAAGAGUUUCUCUUGGUUGAAUAUAGGCUCAAUUUCGUUCCUAUGCUUUUCAUUAUAGAUAAAAGGAAUGCAAUCUUCUUUUCUUGCUCCAAUUUAUUAUCUAUAUAAUAUGAUAGCGAACGCCUUAUCACAAUACACUGGCGAAUGGCAGCGUAACGGCGAAAUAAUAGGAAAGCACGGUACCGCAGAUAAUACAAAUCCGGUGGCAUAUAAUAAAUAUCAAAGGUUUAUCAACGGACUUCACAUGUCCAUACGCAAGGAAAUAAUUAAUCGAAAAGACUUUCGCCCUCACUAUCACCAAUAACUCUAUUAAUCUCGGUCUUCCAAAGACUGUCCUGCAUUAUGAAGUACGUGCUGAUUAUGUUUUAAUUUUUUUUGUACCGUUGAAAACUUUCCAGCGGCCCAUUAUUUUAAGUCCCAUUACAUUCCUUAGUUUAUCAUUAUUUUUAUAAAACUAUAUCGACAAAAAGUUCAGUGCAUAGUGAUAACUAUGUCGAAUACUUUACACUGUUAUCGAAAUAUUCAUAUGUAUUAUUUCGCAGUAAUAAAUUGUUGAAUAAAUAGUUUGAAGAACAAACUAUUUCUUUUUCCCACUUUCACGCACGUCAACAUUCCAGAUACGUGUCUCUCCGUUUUUGGCGCAUACGAUCUACGCAGAGAUACCAGAUUAAUGUAGACUUACUUGACAUAAUUAUACACCAUGACGGAAUAGUCAGUGAGUCUAUGCACCCGUAAGGUAGUGCAUGAACGAGAACCAAGCUGCGUCCGGUUUUACAAGAACCAACGCCAGUUUCAUUUCGGCAGACUCUUCAAUAAACCUCUUGGCCGCUCCGUAACGUUGAAAUACAAAAGUGUAAUAACUUUUCCUUCACAAAAUACCGCAGCAUAACUGGAUAGUUGGUUCUGCCUAUGGGAAUAACGUCCGGACGGGAAUCGAACGUCCGCCCGACCUUAUAGAAACUGACGCGUCUAUCUAAUAGAUGUCGCGACCUACUCUAACGACAAAACUGAUCUUCGAUGUUGAUUGUUUUUUCCUCUUUUCUUAACUGCUUUAAUUGUUCGAUCCUAAUCCCAUCAAUUGCACAUUUUGUUCUGCUAUAUUCUCUUUUUAAACAUAUCCCAGAUUCAUAUUUUGUUCCGUGUAUAGUAAUGUAAAAACUGUUAAAUUAUUGUCUAGGUACAGCGGUGUAGUAAAAGUAUUUCAUGCUAUGCUCGUAGUAGCAGAAGUACGGCGCCAAGUAUGUAUUUGUUUUAAGCAACGUCAGUUUACUAUUUGCUUUGAUAAAGGCAAACGAUUAGAAAAUAAAAUGACCAGACUAUGUACAGUUUGCUUGCUUUACACGUAAUUCAAAUCACAACUAAGCGAAGAGCUACUCUAAGAACUAUUUUAGGCAGACUAAUAUAAAAUACUAAAUAAACACAACCUCGGAAACUUGCAGUAGCUGUAGCAGCCCGUAAAUAAAAUUACGAUUUACACAGAACAUGUAAACAUGCUAUGCGGAUAGUCGUGCCAGUAUGUAUUACUAUACGAUGGAAAAGGAAGACACUGUAGCAAUGACAUGUUCCAAGCAUAGGUAAUGUGUAAAAGGUUUUUUUUAACAAAUCGAAUAUUAUAAGAAGAACAUUGCACUCGGAUGUAAAAACAAGUUUGACCUGAGAACUACACCUAACAAUAAUUCGCACACUUAUAUAGUAAUGAAAGCCAAUGUAAAUACGAUUUCAAUAAUAACUGCAAUCUAAAAGUAACAAUAAAAUUGUCAUCUAUGAAGAAA